UAUAACUACUGUCAAAUUUUUUGUUUAUUUUUAUAUCUCUGGAGCAAUGAAUUUCCGUAAAGAAGAUCCUGGUGCCGUGCAAUAUGGAAACUUCAUAAAUUAUUACCAAUUUAAUUCGGCCGAAGAACGGCUUAAACUCCUAUCAAGUGAACAUUGGGUUUCAGAUGACGAUGUAGGUAAUGAACCAUACCUAGUAUUGGAUGUUGGAUGUAAUUCAGGAGUAUUUACUAAGCUGUUACAUACAUACCUAUCCAAUUUAAUGCCACAUCGGAAGGUGAUAAUAUAUGGCAUAGAUAUUGAUGAUAGGCUCAUUAAAAGAGCUAAAGACGAAAUUGACUCGGAUUCCAUUAUCUUCGAUUGUGUAGAUGUUAUGGACAACGCUGAUUUUGAAAAAAUUAAUUCUUUUUUGAAAAACCAUCAAAAAUUAAAAUUCGAUGCUAUUUGUUGUUUUUCUAUUACAAUGUGGAUACAUUUGAAUCAUCAUGAUGCUGGACUUCAAGAAUUCCUGCGAAAACUAUCCGCCUUAGCUAAGCUAUUCGUUGUCGAACCACAGCCCUGGAAAUGCUAUCAGACUGCCGAAAGGAGAUUGAAGAAAGCUGGUGAGAUGUUCCCUUUAUUUCUUGAAUUGCAAUGGAGAACUCAAGUGGAGGAUGAAAUACAAAAUUAUGUAGAAAAUGUAUUGAAAAGGAAAAAAGUCUAUGAAUCUUGUCCAACGAAAUGGAAAAGAAAAAUAUGUUUUUACAGCAGCUAAAAAAAUAAUUACAAUACAACAGGAAAAAAAGGAAA